AUUUCGGGUCGGCAAGGUGGGGGAGGCGAGCGCAGCAACUGGCACCGGGUCGACCCUCGGUUCAGAGCAGCGGCGCCCGGUGCUUCCGCUGGCCGCGAGCUGAGGACUGGUCGCUUCCUCGUGGUUCCCGCGCGGGCUCCGAAUCCAGACCGCGGCGGGGGCCAGCGGCCCUUCCCCUCCGAGGAUAGAAGAUGAGCUUCCUCUUCAGCAGCCGCUCUUCUAAAACAUUCAAACCAAAGAAGAAUAUCCCUGAGGGCUCUCAUCAGUAUGAACUCUUAAAACAUGCAGAGGCAACUCUAGGAAGCGGGAAUCUGAGACAAGCUGUUAUGUUGCCAGAGGGAGAGGACCUCAAUGAAUGGAUUGCUGUUAACACUGUGGAUUUCUUCAACCAGAUCAACAUGCUGUAUGGAACUAUUACAGAAUUCUGCACUGAAGCAAGCUGUCCAGUCAUGUCUGCAGGUCCAAGAUACGAAUAUCAUUGGGCAGAUGGUACUAAUAUUAAAAAGCCAAUCAAGUGUUCUGCACCAAAAUACAUUGACUAUUUGAUGACUUGGGUUCAGGAUCAGCUUGAUGAUGAAACUCUUUUUCCUUCUAAGAUCGGUGUCCCAUUUCCCAAAAACUUUAUGUCUGUGGCAAAGACCAUUCUGAAGCGUCUUUUUCGGGUUUAUGCCCAUAUUUAUCACCAGCACUUUGAUUCUGUGAUGCAGCUGCAAGAGGAGGCCCACCUCAACACCUCCUUUAAGCACUUUAUUUUCUUUGUUCAGGAGUUUAAUCUGAUUGAUAGGCGUGAGUUGGCACCUCUUCAGGAAUUAAUUGAGAAGCUUGGAUCGAAAGACAGAUAAAUGUUUCUUCUAGAACACAGUUACCCUCUUGCUUCAUCUGCUAGAGCUAUCUCACUGCUAUCUGUUAUAGACUAGUGAUACAGACUUUUAAGAAAACAGGAUAAAAAGACACCUGUUGUUGGUGUCUACCGAUAAAAUUGUCCCAAAGGUAGAUUGGCCUAAUCCUUCAGUGAGAAAUUCAAGAGGCAGCUGACUGAAGCACUGUGUGACCACUCCUGUUACUGUCAGUGUUAUACUUGGUUGUAAUAUGUGAUGACUAACAUGUAGUCUCUCAGUUUACUUGCUCUUUUACUGAAGAAAAUGAUUGAGUGCUUCAGGUUAUAGCAUAAUGGCUAUUGAGAAUUUCCACCAAUACUUUAUUAACAAGUUUCCAGAACCAAUCACCUAAUAAUGCAAUCAGAUCAGUUUUAUUCUGCUUUUAUUUACAAAUAGAAGAGGUAUUUUUAAGUUUCCUUAAGAUUUAGAACAUUUGUGUGUUACUUUGGAUAACCUUUUAGUUUGAAGUUUGUAUGCUAGUGUUUUUAUAGAUGAGACUAUAUAUAUAUGUUUAUUUUUUCAGAAUCCAUGAUUGUGGUUUAAAUCCUCAUAUGACCUAUGUGGUAUGGGAGUAACCAGAGUUAUUUCUAAAAUGACUUUAUUUUUUAAUCUUUAUUUGGGAUUUUAUUCACAUAAACCUAUCUAAAGUUUUAGGAGUAUGUAUAUCAGAAAUAAUUUUCUUAAGGCAUGUAAGGAUAGUCUUGUACAUUUUUAUUUUGAAAUGCUUCAUUCAGAUUAAUUUUAAUAGGUAGCUUUUGGCUAAGAAAACUCCCCAAAAUUAUGACAAAUUUAGGUCUCAGAACCACUAUUUUCAUUCAUGUUGUUCUUCAGAGCCCCUGAGAUCCUGGAGAGGAAAAUGGAAGAAACUAUUCAGAGUACUUGAUUAUUUUCUUUUGAGUGUCCUUUAAAACAAAAACAAGAAUUACUUCUAUGUGUUUUUAUUGUGACUUGAGACUUAGUUAAGGGUAGUGUAGAAAUGCCCAGGCUUUAAUCCCAACAAGGAUAAAACUUAAGACCAUAAUAAAAAACCUUGAAGGUGUACACAUUUUAUAACACAGCUUAAAGUUUGGUGUGCUACCUAGCGUGUGUGUGUGUGUGUGUAUAUGUGUGUGUGUAAACUAAAUGGGAGGAAUAAGUAAAAGAUCUUACUUCAUUCUGUUAGUAG